UGUCUCAUGGGGUCUGCGAAAAGACAGAUUCCUAAUGCAAGAGAUAGUAUAGGGCUAAUAAAGUGAUCUUAUCAGUCGGGUCCGUUUCAGACUUUGGCCGCAACACUUCGGUGUAAUCGUGUUCCUUGUUCCAUGAGAAUCGCAAGCUUUCGCAAUUUUUUUCUUCUUUUGCAGUGACUCAGCCUCAGACCAAAGACGGGGAGGAUUUGCAACAGAACCGAUUGCGCAACGCGCGAUCCUCCGGCAGGACUGAACAGGACCGCGAGAGCAGGAAGGAUGACGUCGCGUGCGGUCUGCAGCCCGCACGCGCUCGAGUUGACAGCUCGCCCCGGCUGCGGAGUCGUCACACGCGCCGCGCUCGUCCAGCCCGCUGGUUCCGCCGUCCCCAGGUCCCGAACUGGAAAACCCACAGCUCCCAGGCGGAGAGGAACAUCCCGACCUGGACGGACCCGGUGAUAAAAGGGCCUGUUCUGAUUUUGAUCUGAGGCUUGGAACCCGCAAUUAAGGAUGUGAUCUGCGACCAGCGAAAGCAAGCACACCGGCCAUGUGUGUUAUCUGACGGAAUCGUGACUUUUGGAUUAGUCAGGGGGCGGGCAUUCCACUGAGAAAAGGGGCGGGGCCGAAGACGCCUUGGCCUCACUGAACGGCGCUGUGGGCGGGGUCUGGCAUCCCGGCUUGCGUUUCGAGGUGACGUCAACACUUUGUUGUGUUGCCAGGGGCAAAGGAAACCCUGCCUCCUCGGCAACGAGCUGGGGAGGGGGGAGAGGAGGAGGAGGAGGAGGUCAGUACGGCGUACGGGAUGGGUCAAUCCUCUUCCUCGUACUCCGCAGCCACCUCUGCCAAAGCGAAAGGGAAAUCGGCGGAGAGAGCGGCCGCGAACAGGCGAAUGAAAAUCCGCAGAAUUGCAGGCGAGGAGCGGAGGGACGACCGGUUCGACAGGAAUGCAGUGAAGAAGAAGGAGUCGCCUCGGAUUGCGGAGACGCUGCGGGGCACCGGAGCCGCAGAGGCGGGGCUGAACGGGAGCGGAGAUCCGCAGGCUGGUCCCGGGCAGGGAGCAGACGAGCGGCUCAGGGCAGCUGCUGACGGGACCGAGAGGGGCCGCUGGGGGCUCCAGCCUGGGACGAUCGGGGUCUCGGGCAAUGGGGCGCUAGCGGGGGGCCCCGGCGAUCGGUCUGUGGAUGAAACGCGUCUGGGGCGAGGGGCGAGAGAGGACGGACGGGGGGGCCGGGGCAGGAGCGGCGCGGCAGAGCAUGAGCGCUACGGGUACAAAUCGCCUGUACCGUCCGUAUCCGUCGCAGAGACCAGUGGAGCGUGCAAGGGAGUCAGUCAAAGAGCCCUGCCAGGGGUGCAGGCUUCAGGGCCUGCUGCUGCUCUCGAACCCGAACCCCGGCCACCCAUGGAGUCGCUGGCCUGA